UACUGCUGGUGCCACCAGUGCCACCAGUGCCACUACCUCAGACUUACGACCUUGCCUCUGCUUCGUUGCUUCCUGAUGCAGGUUGGGAGGGGAAUAGAACGGCGCAAGAGAGAAAAAUCACCAAGGCGUUCAGUCCAGCCCAAUCCAUUCUCCAAACCACGAAUUCCAUCCCUCCGUUUUUCUUUCCCACCCAUUGUCUUUGCCUCCCGUUAUCCCGUCUCCCGCCGUUCCUCCUAUACGUCCAGAGGGGCCACGCGCGCCAUUAGCCCUCCCACGACGACGCAAUGGACGACCCCUCCUCCUCCUCCUCCUCCUCGGCUUCGAAGGACAAUGCCGGUCCUGGUUCUAUGCCCACGUCGCAUCCAAGUCAACAACAGCCUAGCGGUAAUGGUCCACUACAACCGCCUGUAGUCGCUACCGCUGCGUCCAUCGCGAGACCACAUGGUCACGAGCUUCCCUUCGUCACGCCCUCCUCAUACCUUCGCCCAAGACCACCCUCGGUUGCUCGCAAAAUGCCAGAGAAGCCGCCCAGUCCGCUCGACAAGGACCAGAUCCAAGGCCUACGGGCGAUUCGCGAUUUCCUCAAGGUCCGAACCAGCUAUGAUGUCCUACCGCUCUCCUUCCGCCUCAUUGUCCUCGACAACGACCUCUUGAUCAAGAAGAGUCUCAACAUCCUGAUUCAAAAUGCCAUCGUGUCCGCGCCGCUAUGGGAUUCGCACAAUUCCAGAUUUGCUGGUCUUCUGACGGCGACAGAUUUCAUCAAUGUGAUUCAAUACUAUUGCCAGUUCCCCGACGAGAUGCAUAAGCUGGAGCAGUUUCGACUCAGCAGCUUGCGAGAUAUUGAAAAGGCCAUCGGGGCCUCUCCUCUCGAGACCGUAUCCGUCAACCCCAUGAGACCACUCUACGAGGCCUGCCGCCGCAUGCUCAAAACUCGUGCGCGCCGAAUUCCCCUCGUUGACGUUGAUGACGAGACCGGGCGCGAGAUGGUUGUUAGCGUCAUCACACAGUACAGAAUUCUUAAAUUCAUCGCCGUCAACAACGAACACAACACCGUCCUGCUCAAGAAGUCCCUCAGGGAGAUCGGAUUGGGUACAUACAAGGACCUUGCUACAGCGCAGAUGCACGAUUCUGUCCUCAGUGUGGUCGAUCUGAUGGUCAAGCAAAACAUAUCCUGCGUCCCGAUUGUCGACAAGUACAACCGCCUACUGAACGUCUUCGAAGCUGUCGACAUUAUUCCGUGUAUUAAGGGGGGCGUUUACGAAGAAUUGCAGUCGAGCAUUGGAGAGGCACUUGUCAAGCGUCCCGACGAUUCGCCUGGCAUUUACACUUGCAGUCCCGAGGACAGACUAGACUCGAUCUUUGACACAGUCCGGAAGUCAAGAGUUCACCGUCUCAUAGUAGUGGACGAUGAUAACAGACUCGCGGGUGUCAUCUCCUUGUCCGAUAUUCUCAAGUAUGUGCUUCUGCACGGCGAAGAGGACGACGUCGUGGGGCAUUGAACGCGAAAUAAAAUCGGAAUUGCAUAGAACCAAGAGCGAUGGAUCCUCGCUGGAAUGACUUGGGAACCGGUAGACAUGGUAAUGAGCACGUGCUAGGCGUACAGAGGCGUAACUGGGAGGAAUACCAGACGGUGCCCGAAUUUCUUCAUUUUAUUUUCAUUAUAGACGAUCGGGGGGCUCACGGAGAAGUUGGCUACCUGAAUGCAUUACGAAAUGAGAACAUGUCCCAAGUCAUUGC